AUGGUUUCUGAGCGUCUUCACUUCAAGCCUCAAGGUAUGAAGCUUCAAAACCCUAAUCCAGGGAAAAUAGCGAUUAAACUGUAUAAAAUAAUUUAUGUUUCAAAUGAAGUGCAUAUUCCAAUUAUAAAUACUUGGUCUUACCUAGCUCUCUGCCGUGGCUCUGUACAACUGCUUCUUCAAGUUUGGAAACCCUUCUUCUUUUUUUUUGGUUUUGUGUAGCUAGGGCAUCGUCCUCUUUAACAAAAGCAUGAUCCCUUUGGUGAACCCUCAGUCUUCUCUUCCCAACCAGGAAAUGAUGCCCGGCUCAAAUGUUGGUAAUCCCCAGCCUGCACAAUUUUACAGUAAUCAAAACAGUAAUCUCAUCCCUCAUUCAUAUUCCCAGCCUAAUCAUUUAGCUUUCACAAGCUUGCAACCACAUAUACAGAAUCUUCCCAUGCAACAUCACAUCCAAUUUCCAGCGAACUUCAAUACUCAAAACCCUAAUUUCCAUAACCCACUCAAUAAUCAAAACACUAAUUUCCAAAACCGGCUUACCCAUAACCCUUCAGUGAUGUUUCCAAAUAGAGCUCAGACAUUACCUUCGAAUCACAUGCCUAAUGCUUUUGUUAAUGGCAUAGGUUACUCGGUUCAGUUUGCUAAUCCGAAUGGGUUUCAUAACCACCCACAAGUUAACGCUUAUGCUGCUAAUCAAAUCCCACAAUGUCCUCAAAAUCCCAUUAAUCCUGGGACUACGUUUACUGUAAAUCCUUCUCAUCCUACUUUUGUCCCUCAUCCACAAAACAAUCCUUCAACAGUGGGUUGCCCUGCCUUAGGAAACUUCCAACCUCUAACAAGCUCUUCAAACCAUGUCAGCAGUGGUUCUUUUGAGAAAUCUCAGCUUUGUAUGGGAAUACCGUAUCAAAACUUCCAUCAAUUAGUAUUGCCUAAUCUGGGUCAAAGCGCCAUAGGAGUUCCAGGUAAUGUGUUCUCACAACUGAAUACUUCACCCCAAAUGCAACCAAUGCAGAAGAGUUUGCAACCACAAGGAUUUCUUCAGCCACAGGAAAUUUCUUACGAUCAUGUGGGAAAACAUAAUGCUCCAAUUAUGAAUGACGGUCCUAAAGGAAAGAAAUUUGGCAAUACUCCACAUCAUUCUGAUAAAGGUGAAUCAAGAUUAAGGACGCCUUCUCUCCAUGGCAUAGGAAACUCUAAGGCAAAAUUCAAGCAUGAUACUAGAAAUGGGAAAUGCUUUAAGGGUGUUGUGCAUGGCCAACAUAGGGAAGGAGCACGAAAUUCUAAUCGUAAUAAUUGGAAUAGAGAAGGUAUCCCUGAAUCUAAAAGGCCAUCUCUGUCUGCAAUUUAUACGGAAGACGAGAUAAAGCAAUGGCGGGAAGAGCGUAAGAAGAACUUCCCCACAAACGCAAAUGUAGAAAAGAAGGCUGGAAAGUCUCGUAAUAAUCUUGUAGAUGCGGAGGCAAAAUUAAGGCGUAAGAGGCUAAAGGAAAUCCUAGCCAAGCAGGCUGAAUUAGGCAUCGAGGUAGCUGAAGUACCUCCAAAUUAUCUUUCUGAGUCAGAAAAACAACCUCCCAACAGGAGACAUGAGAAAUUUAACAGGAACGAAAAGAGGAAUUUCAGGAACAAACAUAAGUUCCAAAAGAGAGGUAAGGCUGGGAGGAGAGAGGGAAAAUCACAUAAGUCUGGGAAUAAAGAGUCUCCGAGAUCAGUUUUGACUCGGAGUCCGACCCUUUUACAGAAACUGUUGAGCAAAGAGAUCAAGAGAGACAAGAGCCAUUUGUUGCAGGUUUUUAGGUUCAUGGUGAUGAAUUCUUUCUUUAAGGAGUGGCCAGAUAAAUCCUUGAAGGUCCCUGUGUGCGUCGUGGGAGAAUCAGAAUGUGAAGGCAAAGAGGUAGAGAGAGAAUUCUCAAAUGAAGGUUUGGUAUCCAGUGGUGCUGUUGUUGAGGGUGAUGGGGAUGAGGAUGAGAGAUACUGUAGCAGUGGAAAUGAGAGAGAAGGGGAUGCGGGUUUGGACCAUUUAGGUGAGGAUUUUGUUGAGAGGAAGGUCACAGAAAAAGAGAGAGAGGAGGGAGAAAUAUUUGAGUAGAAAAAAGUACUCUAUCUCUCUGUUUUGAGCGCAUGCUGGGGAAUUUGUGUUUUAUAGCUUUUUGCUGUAUAGAAUAUAGGUUGCUCUAUCUUGUGUUCUUUGAUUCAGAGGGGUAUGCUAUUUGUCUCUCUACACACGCACAAUAGGCUCGGGCAAAAUCACAUAUAUUUAUCACAUUUUUGUAUAAUCUUAUGAGAAAGUAUAUAUGUGCAUGAAGAUGUACAAGCCCGUAGUGGUUUGGAUUGCAGGGUGCUAAAACAUGACGUCUUGAUUUCUAUUA